CUGUCAAUAACAUCUCAUCUAUAUUUCCAUUUUCUCUCUCCUCCUAACCAAAUUAGCUCCUCACAAAUCUAAAAUCAGAUUGGUUAAAGAGUUUUAUUCUGGGAUUUGUUUGGCAUGCCAAAAGUUGGAACACCCAAAACCACCAAACUCCAACAACAAUAACAAUAAUUCUCAUAGGUUUCUGUGUUUGCUAGUACUACUAGUUACAUACCAAGUUUAUUAUAUAUAAACCAUUUCAUAUACUAUAUCAUCACUAGUGUAUAUCUGAAAUUUAUAUAUUCUUCCCUUUUUUAUUUUGGUCCCUCUCUUUUUUAUUUCCUCCUCUUACUAUAUAUAUAUUUGAAGAUUUACUUCCAGAUCAGGUGAUCUAAUCCCUUUCACUUUCAACCAAAUCUUAUAUUCAGAGUUUGUAAAAAGGAAAAUUUCCUUGCCUUCUUCAUCAUAUCAUAUAUCAUCAUCUUCCUAUCCUUUCUUUUUUUUGUUGAGAGGACCGGAAAUUGUCGUCAGUGCAUUAAUCAAGGAACAAAGUGUCCAUCAGUACAUACGGAGAGAUCGUCAUCAAUCGAUCUUCAAGUGAAUCAUUGUUGGUCCAUCUUCUCAUCUAAAUCCGAGAUAUUUUACAGGAACAAGAUCGGAAGAAGACUUGAUUCUACAAUCGUUUUCUUAAAAAAAAAAAAAAAAACUAUCGUUUUUUUUUUUCUUUCUUCAACAAAUGGAGACUCAAAAGUCCAAUAAUGAUAAAGAAUUUAUGCGAAUGGCGAUGCUAAAGCAUGAAGAAACAUUCAGAGAACAGGUGAGUGAACUUCAUCGUUUAUACCGAAUUCAGAAGGUGCUAAUGGAAAGUGUUGGAGUAAGCCAACAACAACAACAACAAAAACCGCAAAAACUCGAGCGUUACCCUUUGGUCAAAAGCAGCCAAAAAGCCUUUACAAUUGGUCAUUAUCAACAACAACUAAUUCUACAAGCACAAGCACAAAGAGAUAACAUUGCGAAAACGAAGAUCAACCACAACGAUAUUAUGGUGGGAUUAAAUGUAAUGCGACCUGAUAAUCAAGUAUUAUUAACAAGCAACGGCGGUCCAAGACCAUCCCAAGCUUAUGAAUACAUUGCAGAAUCCAAGGGCAAUAAUAAUAAUAAUACUAAAAUGAUGGUGUUAGAUGAAGGUGAUGAGAUUGAGCUCACUCUAAGCUUAGGUCCAACUACAUAUAACCCGAGACGAAGAAAGAAUGGCAAGUCGGAGUCAGGUCAAAGUAUAUCGUCUUCCUCAACGGGGUCAAGCCAGACUAGAAAAACAAGUCCGAAGAAUAAUAAUACUAGUACUACCACUAGUAGAAGCUCAAUGACGACGACGACAUGGGGUGGUUUUCCUCAAGGUUCUGGCAUCGAACCCGGGUUCUCGAAUAGUCAACAAAAUAAUAAUCCUCCAUGGUUGUACCAAGCUUUGAGUUUGAAGCUGACUUAACCAACUGAGUUUAUUAGGUUCAGUUUAUCUGUAGUUUUGUGUGGAGUUGUUCUUUUGUUUAUUUUAAUUUUUUAUUUUUUUUUUUUAACUUUUUAAAAAAAAAAAUCUCUUUUGCUGUUAGUUUUAUUUGGAGACUAAUGGAGAAGCUAUUUGACAGAUUGAUCAGGCAUUAGUAGAGGCCUUUUGUAAAAAGUUUAAAAUUGUUAUUGAAAUGACAACCUUGUUAAUCUUACAAAAGAUUAGUCAUUAGAUUUGUUAAAACUUCCUAUUUGUAGAGUACGUAUGUACUUCAUAUAAUGUUGAUGUUCGGAUUUAGUUAUCACAUUUCUCAUUCAAAACAUGAAUUCUAUUGGGUUAAAGAUAUAAGAA